AAGGAAAUCAGCAAGAGUAGUGUCUAAAACAGUUCUGAAAAAUGUGCUAGUUCAAAUUAAACUACGUGAGAAAAAUGGCUGCCAACACAAACCACAGUCUGAAAAAUGUUGAUGUCAGCAGUCAUGUCUCCAGUGUUUCUGGAUCUUUCUCUCAGCUGUCUAUGGGGUCAGAGUCCACCCCGUCGGGGCCCAUCCAUGUCUUUUUUCAGAUUGGACUACUCAAAGAGCAUGUACGGAUAUCUGAGGGGCGCCUUAGCUUUCAAGAGGCAAAGCAUCUCGCAGCAGAAAUAAUUGAAAACAAGGCUUCGGAGUGCAGGUUCGUUGGUCUCAGUGAGAAGCUGCUGUUGUUCAGACAUGAGCCGGACACAGAGCAGAUUUUACAAAGACUCACGGAACAGCACCACAUACAUGAUGGAGAUCUGGUGGAGGUGGUGCUUGCUGACAAGGCUUCUGUGUCCGAGAAUAAUUUCCGCCCACAUUCCCUGGUUGUCCAAUCAUAUCGCACACCUACAUUUUGUCACUACUGCGGUGAGAUGUUGUGGGGGCUGGUCCGACAGGGCCUGAAAUGCAAAGGUUGUGGUUUAGACCUACACAAGCGCUGUGCACUCAGGCUGUCCAAUGACUGCUCUCGUGUAAAUCGGCGAUGUGGCCCCAGUCUGUCUCUUUUUCCUCCCAGCAGGCCGUGGGCCCUGUCCCUCUCCAAUCACUCGGGUGGAAGUCUGGAGGAGAUUAGCAUGUCGAAGCCCUCACGCUCUCGGCCUCCAUCCUGGGCAGAUGUGCCGGUGUGGGUGGGGGUAUGUGAGGGAAAGGAGGGCCGACCACGUGUUCCUCACACCUUUCACAUUCACACUUACACCAAACCCACCGUCUGUCAGUACUGCUUCAGACUGCUCAAGGGCCUCUUCCGGCAGGGAAUGCAGUGCUCAGACUGUAAGUUUAAUUGUCAUCGCAGGUGUGAGUCUCUUGUUCCUCCUGAAUGUAGGGGUGAGAAAGCAAAUGGAGAAGAGGCUGGAGGGAGCCAUGUGAUAGACUCUGAGGAAAAUGUGGCCGUGGUGUCAGAAAACACUCUUUAUGAAGAACUGCGUUUUAAAGAUCUGCCUCCCACAGCAGAAUUGACACCACUGCAACCUUCUGUCACUCCGUGUUUCAGCAGUAAUAUUCCUCUGAUGCGAGUGGUUCAGUCAGUGAAACAUAGUAAAAGAAGAGGCAGUGGAGUGUUAAAGAAAGGCUGGUUAAUACACCACACCAGCACUGACACACUGAGAAAACGCCACCACUGGGUAUUAGAUAUGAAAACUAUCACCCUGUAUCCAAAUGAAAACAGCAACAAGUACUAUAAGGAGAUCUCACUCUCAGAGGUGCUGCAGGUUCGAGGCCCUGGUCAGCUGACCAUGCCCGUGUUGCCAGACAACAGCAAGCAUUCAUUUGAGCUGGUGACAGGCACAUUAGUGUACUGUGUGUUUGCAGAUGAAGAGGGCCCUUCCUGGGAAUCGGCCCUCAAACUGGCCCUGAGGCCUGUUCAGGGCACCACAAUGGACAUGACAGAUGCCACAGAUGAUGGAACACAUGGUGAAGAGACACAGGACAUCUGUGAGCUGUAUCAGAUCUUUUCUGAUGAAGUGUUGGGUUCGGGUCAAUUUGGGGUUGUUUACGGAGGCACUCACAGACAGACGGGUCGUCCGGUCGCCGUUAAAGUCAUUGAUAAAACACGAUUUCGCACCAAACAAGAGAAACAGAGUAAAAAUGAGGUCUCAAUAUUGCAGAGAUUGUCUCAUCAUGGCGUGAUUCAUUUGGAAGGAAUGUUUGAGACAGCAGAACAUACUUUUGUUGUCAUGGAGAAGCUCCAUAGUGACAUGUUAGAGAUGAUUUUGUCCCAUGAGAAUGGACGUCUGCCUGAACGUACCACUCGUUUUCUUGUUACACAGGUUUUGGAGGCUCUGAGGUACCUCCAUUUUAGGAACAUUGCACACUGUGACCUGAAACCAGAGAAUGUGCUGCUGGCCUCGCCUGAUCCAUUUCCUCAGGUUAAACUGUGUGAUUUUGGUUUUGCCCGUAUCAUUGGAGAGAAAUCUUUCCGCCGCUCUGUAGUUGGGACCCCUGCAUAUUUGGCACCCGAGGUCAUCAGUAGCCAUGGUUACAAUCGUUCUCUAGACAUGUGGGCCGUAGGGGUGAUUUUAUAUGUCAGUUUAAGUGGAACAUUUCCUUUCAACGAGGAUGAGGAUAUUCAUCAACAGAUCACCAAUGCUUCUUUCAUGUAUCCACGCCAACCGUGGUCUCUCAUCUCGCUGGAGGCGGUGAACCUGAUAAAAAACCUGCUGCAGGUGGUGGUAAGACGCAGGUUCAGUGUUGGCAAAGCGAUGGGUCACCCCUGGUUUCAGAACUUCCAGCUGUGGUGUGACCUGAGGGAGUUUGAGCAGCGGAUGGGAUUGCGGUACCUCACGCAUGAGGCAGAUGAUAAGCACUGGAGGUCUCAUGCCCAGGAGAAAGGCCUCCAUUUUCCAGAACAUUUAGCAGCAGAAGCAAGUGAAGAGCAGGAACAUCAGCCAUCAGCCAAAUAGAUUUUACUUUCAUAACUGUAAAUAAUGCAUUAUGUGUGUAGCCUUGUGAAUCUGCAUUUUCAUAUAUCUCUUUUUCUGUAAAUACAUUUGAAAACAUUGUUCAAUAAAACAAGAAAAAAAGACUAACCUUGAGUUUUUCAACUCAAAAGCUGUAAUUAUAACCAUGUUAAUAUCAUACCCCCCAAACCAUCUCACCCAGUUUGAUCAUUGUGAAAUGUGGUAGUAAUGUGGGGUUACUACCGCAAAGCUGCACUCAGUAACUUUUAUCUUUGUGUCAUCUUGGACUUACACUGACACCUAGCGGCUUGGAUGCAGCAUCAUUUAAAAUCAAUAGUUUUCAGUUUCAGAUGUCACUGUAGAAAAGUAGUAUUCACGGUCAGCCAUGAUUACUUUAAUCAGUGAGUGAAAGUGUCAAAUAACAGUAUGGUUACUGAGAUUAAGCGAGUAGUAUCCGGCUGGUCAUGUGAUUUUAACAUGGCAGCCCCCAUGUGCGGACCUUCUCCAUGUAGAA